AUAGUGUUUUGGUUUUUUUUUUUUUGUUUGCAGGAUCUGCAGCUUUGAAGAAGAUUCCAGCGGUGACCCACUGUACUCUUUCUCCCAAAGAAAGUCCGGUCUACUGUGCCUUUGCUUAAGAAAAUGGAGAAGCUGAUAUCAGAGACACCCGUUCCAGUAUCUAAGGCCAAGCCAGAUACAAACUCAUGCCCUCAUGCUGCUGGCAAAUACUUCCUUCCUGGUGCGACAGACCAUGAGGACUGUAAGACUAACGAGAAGGAAAGGAAGUGGAUCCGUCCUGAUACACCCAGCAAAUGCACAUGGAAGCUUGGGAAACCCAUCUCUGCCUCCCCCCAUCGUCAUAUGUCUCUGCCAGAGCCUCCAAACAUUCUGCCCAACAUCUUGAAUAAAGUUGGCAACACACCGUUGGUGCGGAUCAACAAGAUUGGGAAGCACUUUGGGCUGAAGUGUGAACUCUUGGCAAAAUGCGAGUACUUCAAUGCUGGGGGCAGUGUGAAAGACCGCAUCAGCCUGAGGAUGGUAGAGGAUGCUGAGAGAGCUGGGAUCUUGAAGCCUGGGGACACAAUCAUAGAGCCAACCUCUGGAAACACAGGAAUUGGGCUGGCCUUGGCUGCAGCAGUGAAGGGUUACCGCUGUAUCAUUGUGAUGCCAGAGAAAAUGAGUAUGGAGAAGGUGGAUGUCCUGAGAGCUCUGGGUGCUGAGAUUGUGAGGACCCCAACUACUGCCAGGUUUGAUUCUCCUGAAUCUCACGUGGGUGUAGCAUGGAGACUGAAAAAUGAAAUCCCCAAUGCACAUAUCUUAGACCAGUACCGUAAUGCCAGCAAUCCCCUGACACACUAUGAUACUACAGCUGAAGAGAUCCUGCAACAGUGUGAAGGAAAAAUAGACAUGCUGGUGGCUACAGCUGGUACAGGAGGUACCAUCACUGGCAUCUCCAGAAAGCUGAAGGAGAAGUGUCCAGGUUGCAAAAUCAUAGGUGUUGAUCCUGAAGGCUCCAUCCUUGCUCAACCGGAUGAACUGAACAAGACCGACAAGACAAUGUAUGAAGUGGAAGGAAUUGGAUACGAUUUUGUUCCCACAGUGUUGGAUAGAUCUCUGGUGGACCAGUGGUACAAGAGCAAUGAUGAAGAGUCAUUUGCUUUAGCACGCAUGCUGAUCCGAGAGGAAGGACUGCUGUGUGGUGGCAGCUCAGGCAGCGCAAUGUCUGUAGCUGUGAAGGCAGCCAAAGAGCUGAAGGAGGGUCAGCGCUGUGUUGUUAUCUUCCCUGACUCUAUCAGGAACUACAUGUCCAAGUUCUUGAGUGAUAAAUGGAUGAUUCAGAAAGGGUUCAUGACAGAAGAAGACCUUGUCAAAAAACCUUGGUGGUGGAAUGUCAGUGUUCAGGAGUUAAGCCUCUCAGCUCCCCUGACAGUGCUUCCAACUGUUACCUGUGCGAAGACUGUUGAAAUACUUCGGGAGAAGGGGUUCGACCAGGUACCAGUUGUUGAUGAAUCUGGGGUGAUUUUGGGCAUGGUUACUCUAGGUAACAUGCUUUCUUCACUGCUUGCUGGAAAAGUUCAGCCUUCAGAUGAAGUCAGCAAAGUAAUCUACAAGCAGUUCAAGCAGGCAGAUAAUCAAGGAUCAGGUGGAAAUGUGAUUAACCUGAAAGACAACUUGGGGAGACUCUCUCAUAUCCUGGAAACAGACCACUUUGCUCUAGUGGUUCACGAACAAAUUCAGUAUCACACUGAUGGUUCCUCCAGUAAGCGACAAAUGGUGUUUGGCAUUGUUACGGCCAUUGACCUGCUCAACUUUGUGACUGCGCGAGAACGGGAAAGAAAGAUCAACUAAAGUCAAGGAGCAGUCGGGACCUCUUCAGUAAUAUUUUGCAAUCUCCAACAAAGAAUCAGGUUUAUUUCUUAGGUCGAAUGGUCUGUUCUUAAGGUGUUUGUUUUGAAAUUCUGAAAAUAAGCAGUUAGUGAUCCUGGUGUCAGCUAUACAGCUAGUUCUUUCACAGUGCAUUGCACAGUUUCUGGGAGUUCGUUUCUUAAUCAAGUUACAUAUUUCUUAAGACAAUUUAUUUUUUACCUAUAUAUAUGUGUGUAAAAAUACUGCCUAAGUUAACUGGUGUGUUCCUUACCUGUUGCGUCCAAAGCCUGGCUUUUCAAAAAUAUUGUCAGAUGAAUUAAAUAUGUUGAAAAGAGUUAUUAAGCACAAGUCUAAGAGCUCUGGAAGGCAUUUAUUUUAAUGUGCAGGGUUGUUAAGUUAGACAAUAUAGAGUAGAAACGAAAACAUGGAAUUGGGCUGUGAAGAAAGGAGGAGGUGUUUCCCUUUUGGUGACAUCAGUGUAAAAUGGGAGCAAAGCUCAAGGGUUGAAGUUAAGGUUUGGCUCAACCAGCUCCUCUGAGACAGAGCUGACUUGGCUGACAAACAAAAAAUAGUGAUUUGUUCUACACGGUGCACUAGCUUUCACUGCAAAGAUAGACCUUUCUCUUUUUUCCAACUAUACCUCAGUAAAUAAGCAUGGAUGGAAAGGAAGAAAGCCUGUGCUUUUUGCCCGAAGGUUGUUUAAAAUGAUGCUGCACCUUCCCCUCACUUCCCAGCCUCCUUUUUAUCUAUGUUUAUGCCUGUUUUAAAAAGCCAGAGGUAAUUCAACAAGAGCUGUAAACUGUUUUUCAAGUCCUGUCCAAGUGCUCCCAGACUGCAGCUCCUUAUGGAAUGUGCAGUAGAUGGGUGCAUCAACUACUUCUAUAAUUUUCUGGGUUUUUUGAUUGUAUUUGACUUAGGUAGCUGCAGGAGUUUGUUGGAGUAGCGGCUCAUCCUCACACUGGUAAUGAUGGAUGGAAUGACUCUAUGGUUAAAGUGGCCAUUCUUCAUCUUAAUUAAGACUCGCUGUAUUCUGACUGACCCUUUGCCAAGAAUGAAAGUUAUGAUCAGCAAGAGUGACAUUUCUUAGCUUAUCUCUUCCUUCUGCCUUGCUGGCCUCCCUGUGACAGUGGAAUUUAACUGUGUGCCACGAGGAGAGGUGUUCUCUGUUCUCCAUCAGAAAGCUAUGUCCCACAUCAGUGCUGAGCAAAACCAUAGAGCAGAAUCUUUGCACUUGCCUAUUGGCUGAUGGUGACUUGAAAGAGGCAGGAAACACAAAGGUAGGCAAGAGCUCAAAGCCGAAGUGACACCAGAGAUGCCGUCAACCCAUCAGCAGUGUGACAAGUUUGGCUGGCUGCUUCUUUUUCUGUGGCUAAUAAGAACUUUGUUGUAAUAAAGCCUCAGCUUGAUAUGUUAGUUCUUUAAUGAUGUACCAAUGGCAGUUAGGUUAAUUCCACACUUAUUCCUUGGAUUUUGUGAAAGAGCCUGUGUACUUCACUGGGUACUGCUGACUGGAAUAUCUGCUACAACCGUAGCUGUUACUGCUGCUAAAUUUUGGCAUUACUGUUGCUCUUAAAAAUUUACUUCACUAAUUUACUUUACUAAUCUGAUUCUUCUCCCUGGUUUUCCAUCCGAUCCUGUCUAUGGGGAAUAGGGCACUUCAGUUUCUUUCUCCUUUUCCUUUUGUCCCUGUAAAACUCCACAUCCCAGCCUAACAGAAUUUGGCAAGACCUCUGAGGAUGGCAGGCAAAAGGCAGUUGCCACACUUCUCAGAAGAGCAGUACAAAAGAGACGUAGGAUUGCUAUGUUCAGGUUGAAGAAACAGAAGAUUAAUGGGCAGCUUUACCUUUGACACAGUGGGAAGUAUGAAGAUUUUAGCUUUUUAUUUUAGUUUACUGUUCAUAAAUUAAUCUCUGCCAUGUCCUGAAAACCAGGUAGUGCUUGUGCAACAACAGAAGGGUUGACCAGAGCUGGCAAGGAAGAAGGGCUGUGAGUUGAAAGUAAUCCAAACAAGUAACCCAAAUUAAUCUAACUACACUGCUCUGCACAUGCAGUUUGUUAGGAACUCUUUCCUGCUCUGAACUGGCUCAAGGAGAUGCUCACUGACUGCUCUUAUUCAGAGUAGCAACCCUGUCUGGUCAGUGAAACUGGGGAAAUAACUGGAGUUUCUGAAUGACUGAAAAAGUUUCCAGAGCUCUCUCCUGUGCUAGGGAUGAAGACAGCAAGGGGAUGGAGAGUCCUGCAGAAUGAAAGUUCCUGUGAUGCAAAAUUUCAUCAGUGUGAUGCUUUUCUGCAUACCUGAAAGUGCUCUUACUACCUUGAUCCUAGUGAGAAGCUGUAGGGCUAUAUUACUGCUUUAUUCAUCUAUCUUUGUUUCAAAUAUUGUGAGGACCAGGAAAGACAUCGCUGUUUGUUUGGUCUUUAAUCCAGAGUUUGAGUCUAAAGCUUGAACCAAACUGUCUUUUUUAUUUUUUUUCUGAAGUGGGUGCCUGUAUCUUCUGUUUACUUGUGCUGGUUAAACACAUGCUGACCGUCAGCCUGGAAACUAUUUUGCACAUGGUUAUUUAUAUAAACAAUUUAUGCUGUUUUUCUUUGUCACUGUAAGAGAAUAUCGGUCCUUUCCCUUUUCUCUACUCUGCAAGAAUGCUUUUAUUUUCUCACAUGGAGACUUUUAAACAACAGAAGCUGUACAUUUUGCAAGGAGUUAUCAAGCAAGAAUGUAAGGAUCAUUUUGAAGUUGUAACGACCAAUAUUACUUCCCACUUUUUUCACAAGCUAUGGCUGACUCCAGAAUUCUUUGUAGCCCAGUUUCUUUUAAGUGCCCAGACCGGUCCCCUGCUCACCAAGUUGCUAAAUGGUUUCUGGAAACUUCUGUUCUGAGUUUUGCAUAUCGUGCUCACUGUUAGCAGUUGCCUGGUACUGCCACUGUUGUCCAACAGCCUUUCUAACUGUGUAGCAUCAGCACACUACAAUGACAAAGGGAAGACUUUUUAUGUUUUAAGGAGUUGGGAAAAAUUUGUUGCACAAACAUUUGCAAUAUAAUGUAAAGAAUUCAAUAAAAACUAUUUGAUUGCAGAA